AUGAACUUGCUCUUGCUCAACGAACCGUCCCUCCGGCUCCCCAGGAUCUUUACAGUAUCGCUAUGUGCGAUCCUUUCCUGGGGACAUGCUGCUUUCCCUCUGUUUUUUGCGGAAUGCGGACUUGCCACAAGGAACCUACAUGACACAGGCGCCAGCUCCUGGGACACAGACACACGGCACAUUGCGUCAACAUUCAACUCCAGUCGUGGAAGCGCAGACCACUCGUUCGCCCAGCGAGCGGAGGCUGUCUCAGACAAAUCUGUCGCGUACUGGAAAGGUCGAAUAGUCGAGGAUGGUGAUGUCGAGGUAGAAGACAAAAUCGUUCACGUGGCGCAAGAAAUCGUCGGGGGCGGCGACAGUUUGUCUGCGGUGGACCCAACGGAGCUGACAGAUGUUGCACGCAUCCUCGCGGCAACAGAAAGGCCAAAGGUCGUAGCGAAUGCAGAUGCCUUCAAGGAAAAGCGGUUCGCGAUCUUCAGCGCUGGUCUCCGCACGUCCAGCUCAGGUCCAAAGGCGAACACAUUCCGUUUCCUGGCUCCAGACCGCACUGAGAAGUUCGCGUUUCCUGGCCGUCGCAGCGCGGACCCGCAGGCAGUAUCGCGGCAGUUGGUCCCGCCCGCAAACCUCGUCACCCGUGGAUCGGGGGAAACAGUGAAGCUAAAAGGAAUAGAGUUAACCGGUGCAGCUCGGGGACUGUUUGUGACGAAAGUUUCUGCAGUAGUCAGACAGGAGGCAGACGGGUCUUCGACUAAGAACCCGCUGUCAAGCUCGCUUCAGACACGCAGCACACAGCGCCGCCCAUGGUACCAGAUGCUCGACGGCUUUGUGGCUGAAGUAGACAAAGUCUACGAAGAAGAAGUGGAAGCUCGUCUCGCGUGGGAACUGAGGAUAUGGCGCCACCUUCCGUCUUCUCGUGCAGAACAGUUAGCCGCAGAGGAACACAUUCUGAUUCCGGGAGCUCUGCUGAGCCACAGCGGCCGGGGGUCGCCUUCUUCGCGACGGAAGGACGCUGCCCGCUUUUCGAGGGAGUUGGAGGGAAAGUGGAACGACCUUUUGUCCGAAAAAGUGUUCAACGUGUUCAUAUGGUACCCGGCGGGGUACCGCGACACCCUAGAAUCGUCUAUGAUGCACUCAGACCAAAUUACGGAGCCGUGGUUCAGCUCCACGCCUCGGGACGUUAUGGAGUCGAUAACCGUCCAGAUGAUUCUCGCUGUGGCAAAUCUGAAUAGUUACGGCCUAGUCCAUACGCAUUUGCGUUCAUCCAGUUUCGUCUUCACUCCAGAAGGGAUCGUUCUUCUGUCGGAUCUAAACCGCGUCGUGCGACAAGGAGAGUUCAUGGACUGCGUAGCAGACCGUGAAGCCUCGCUGAAUGACUUGACGGCUUCCCCAGAGGAACGCGUGUGCGUUCACGAGCACGGCUACAAGGGCAGAGACGCGAAAAAAAAAGAAGAGCUUGUCGGACCUCUGGAGGCACACCCAACUGUGGAUGCGUGGCGACUAGCGGUGAUUCUCUACAAACUUUGGUGCUUGGAAAGCAUGUACGAACGGUCUUCGUACCACCAGUUCGUUGCUCGACAAGACCUCCAACGCGUUCCAGACUCGGAGUCCAACAUCACCUUCCUCAGACAAAAUCCCUUCCCCAUGUCUGCCUGUCGGAAAGACAUGCCCUCUUCCCUGCAACGUCUCCUCCGCCAGAUGUUCGAGCCCGACCCUGCGAACCGGAUCACUUCGGCUGAAGCCGUGAAGAAUAGUUCCUUCUUUCACGACAAAAAGAGAGCAGUGCUGCGAAAAAAGCAGGAGCGGCUCAUCCAGAAAUCCCAACCGGCAGACGGCUAG